AUGUUGCAUCUUCUUGCCGUUUUUAUAUGCACGAACUGUGCAGGAAAACUUUGCAGCAUGCUAAAACAUGUUCUGAAAAACAAGUCUAAUGUGGAUGUAGCGAAACUUCAAAAGUCUGGUGAUGUUGUGUCGAGAAAUGCAAAAUUCCGACAGAAGAGGACCCAUAGAAUAUGGGCGGCGGACCACAGACCCCACGUUCAGCUCUGCCAAUUGUCGCUAGCUGUCUCAGCCAAGGAACCAGAUGAAAUUAUUUCAAGUAAUGUUACCGGGUUCAUCUGGAUCAUUGACUUUGAAAGCAAGAAAAUCGCUUACCUUGCACCUGCAACUGGAAGCCUUCCCGGGCAAUACUUGAUUCAGGGAAGCCUGAUAGGGGCAAGUGUGCCAAGAUUGGACUUGGGUCCUGCUUUUGAACAGAAGAAUGACAUAGCCAAAGCUGUGGAUGAAGAACUUGAAAAGGUAACAUGUCCUCUUGAUAAGAAUAAGAUUUUAUCCAAUUUGGCAACACCAGCGAACACCUUGCAAUGUGCCUGA